AUGGUCUUCAACAGAGGCAAGUUCCUUCUUCUACUGCAAUAUUUGGUUAUAAUCUCUGAACAUGCAUUUUUUGGUCACCAUCCCUUUUGCCACUCUAUACAAACUGAUAGAGCUGCACUUCUUGCAUUCAAAAGAAGCAUAUCAUCCAACCCAUAUUCUGUACUUUCCAACUGGAAUGAGGUCACUCAGGUGUGCAACUUCACUGGUGUCAGAUGCAAUACAAAGCAUCAUUGCGUGACAAAACUCAUCCUCCAUAAUGCCGAACUUGUGGGGAAGCUAUCACCCUUCAUUGCAAACCUGACUCGGCUUCGAUUCCUACAACUUGUGAACAAUAACAUCUCUGGCAUCAUUCCGCCAGAAUUCUCCUCCCUCCAGCACCUUAGCAGCCUCUGGCUCGAGGGGAACAAUUUGGAAGGCCAGAUGCCAGAUUCCUUCUCUCUUCUUACCAAUCUUGCCUUUGUAAAUCUACAGUUCACUGGUGAAAUCCCAUUUUCAAUAACCAAUGCUUCAUUGAUGUUUAAUUUGGAUGUGGAGAAUAACCAUCUCAAAGGUGAAUUGCCUUCAGAGAAAGUAGCAAAUCUACCCGAACUUCUAUAUCUUCAUUUAUCAUAUAAUGACAUGGUUAGCCAUGCCAACGACUCUAAUCUUGUUUCUUUCUUCACUGCCCUAAAAAAUUGCACUAUUCUAGAUGAGCUUGAAUUGGCCGGUAUGGACCUCGGAGGAAGGUUGCCUAGUUCCAUUGGCCAACUUUUUGGUAACCUGACAUCUCUGUUGCUUCAAGAAAACAGGAUUGCAGGAUCAAUAUCUCCAACUUUGGUGAAUCUAACUCAACUCACGGCGCUGAAUUUGGCAUACAAUCUUUUGAGUGGAACCAUUCCAGCAGAAAUCAGUCAGUUAUCGUACUUGGAACAAUUGUUCUUAUCUCACAAUUUUUUCACUGGCUCUAUUCCAGCAGCAAUGGGACAGUUUCAACAUCUUGGUCUGCUUGAUGUAUCAAACCACUGA